AUGUGCCAUAACGAAGAAAUUUACUCGGAAAUGGACAUGGUGUACCUGCGGAUGACAGAUAGAAAACGUCAACAUCUUCCCCGGACUUCUGAUGUAGUCAUGAAAAACCUUCUUCGCUUCUUUGGUCACGUUAUGAGGAGAGCGUCUGAUCGUCUUGUCCAAGUAGUCCUGAGGAUGCUCCCAGAUCCCAACUGGGAAAGGCCAACUGGUCGUAAAAGAAAGUUCUGGACGAAGGUGGUGAAGGAAAAUCUGAGGACAUUUGGCGUUGACUGGCAGUCGAGACGUGAAGUCGAGAAGUUCCGCCGCCUGUGUGGAAUAGCGACGGAUAGGAUGAAGAUUCUAGUAUUUCUACUGUCCGUAAGCUCUACGUUGGCUCAUCGCCACCACGGCUACAACCAUGGUUUCGGCGCCGGUUACACACCCGAUUACCCGAAAAACAAUUUCAACAACUUCAACUCCAACAAUGGUAACGGCUACACCACCGAAUACGAUACAACAACAUUCCUGAACAGAGCCUCACCGCAAGCGAUGUAUGAAUACAGACGAAUCACAGAGAACACCUCUCAAUCGUUCGAGAAAAUGGAGGCAGAACUGCGAAAUUGGGCCAAGAAUUAUGGAUUAGAGAAAGAGUACAGUUACUACAAGGAAGCCACUGAAAAUAGAGUGGACACGUUCUUUACCUCCGUUAAAAAAUUAGUGAGCAAACUGGAUCAAUUCUUCACCAAAUUCAAAAACGUCAGGGAUAGAAAGACGAACUCAAUUGAAGACAUGAACAAAGCUGUACGUGAUCUGUUCUAUGAUAUGAAUCCUGAGCAGCAGAUGGUGGUCAACUUUAUCAUCAACACAUAUCAUUAUCCAAGAAGCCAAUUACCGUGUGGUGGUGGCAAAUUUGGACCCGGAUGGAACCCAAACAAUAAUGGACAUCCGUUCGGACAUGACAAAUUCCCCGGAAACGGUCACGGAUACUCUGGCAAUAAUGACGGACGUUUUCCAAAUAACGGCGGCAACGGUGGAUUUCCGUGGAACCAUGGGGGAUAUCCUGGUAAAAACGAUGGCGGCUUCCCAGGUCAUAAUGGAGGCCACUUCGGCGGCAGUGGUGAAUUUCCAGGAAACAGUGGAGGAUAUCCUGGUAAAAAUGAUGGCAGUUUCCCCGGUUAUAAUGGAGGCCAUCAAGGCGGCAACGGUGGAUUUCCCUGGAACGAUGGAGGAAACCCCGAUAAGAACGAUGGCGGCUUCCCAGGUCAUAAUGGAGGCCACCUAGGUGGUAGUGGUGGAUUCCCAGAGAACAGUGGAGAAUAUCCUGGUAAAAAUGAUGACAGCUUCCCAGGUCAUAACGGAGGCUACCCAAACGGCAACAGUGGCUCACAUCCGUGGAACAGUGGAGGAUAUCCCGAAGGGAACAAAAACUUCCCAGAUCACAAUGGAGGACAUCCAUGGGGCAGUGGAGGAAACACUGAUGAGAACGGAUUUCCCUCAAAUCACAAUGGAAGACGUACGGGAGACCAAGAAUCGAUAUCGACCUCCGACGACCGUAAAAGAGAUCGCACGCCAAGUUUCGGGAAUGCGUACCUUCAAUGA